AUGUCUUCCAGAGUAACACGCUCCUCUGCGCGAAACGCAGCGAGCCAGGGAGCACUGCAGGGAGAUCUUAACUCCCCCCAAGCUUCUACCCAUUCGCCUGCAAUCCCCGGAAAUAGUACAAAUACGAACCAAUCCGCCCAAUCUUCAUCGAAACCAGUAUCUUCGCGAAAGAGAAAACCAGCAUCGGCUGAGAAUAGCUCGCCGACCCAACCUCCACAGAACGAACCGACCGCAUCGACUCGUCGAUCAAAGCGGCAGAAAGUUUCGGAGCAGCAAGCUCCUCAACCCGCAGCUGUACCUCCGCCUACUCCCACUACCCGCAAGCGGAAAGGGAAGAAUACUGCUUCUAUGUCUAGUCCAGCAGGUUCUGACCCACUCCCACCCACCAGGAUGCAGGACUCUACCAUUUCCACUUCAGCCUCGUCGAGCCGCAAGUCGAGUCGCAAUAAGAAGAACAGCCAGGCUGCUCAAGAUUCUUCUGCGACAGGUGCUUCCGGCUCUACGCGCCGCUCGAAGCGAACAUCUAGUAACCAUCCACCUCCUGAUCAAGACACUACUAUGACUGGUACCAAAGAUCAUGAAGAUGAAGAAGAGGCUCCACCGCCGCCGCCGCCGCCACCUCCGCCGGCGCAUGACCCCGACGAAGAUAACAGCGAUGACAACGACGACGAUGAUGAUGAACCCCACCGCCAUUACGACGACGAUCCGUUUGGUGGAUUCGGAGGUCCUCCAGGAUCGGGCUUAUCCAAUACCCUUAGGGCGCUAACUGGUAUGAUGUCUGGGCUCUCGUCGAGGCUGCGUGAUAUUCUCCACAAUCUUCGGCAAAAAGAAGAUCCAACGGCACAGUUGGUAGCUCUGCAGGAACUGGCUGAGAUUCUCCUGGUUUCCAAUGAAGAUAAUCUGUCGGGACAUUUCUCUCCCGAUGCUUUUGUAAAGGAGUUGGUGACUUUGAUGCAGCCUAACGAGAUCACCGGCGAAGAAAAUUCGGAGAUUAUGCUCCUCGCUUGCCGAUGUCUCGCGAACUUGAUGGAGGCUCUACCAGCUAGCGCUGCUAACGUAGUCUACGGCGGUGCUGUACCAAUCCUAUGCCAAAAGCUCCUAGAGAUUCACUACAUUGAUCUUGCAGAACAAGCACUGAGCACGUUGGAAAAGAUAUCUGUCGAGUAUCCCACUAGCAUCGUCAGAGAAGGCGGCUUAACUGCCUGUCUCACAUACUUGGACUUCUUUCCUACGGGUACCCAACGAACUGCCGUUACGACUGCUGCCAACUGCUGUCGCAACAUUCCGGAAGAUUCCUUCAAUGUCAUCACCGGCGUUAUGCCAAUUCUUCUAAACGUGUUGAACAGCAACGACCAACGGGUCGUGGAACAAGCAUCGCUCUGCGUUACUCGUAUAAUCGAGAGCUUCAAAUACCAAUCGUCAAAGCUGGAGCAGCUCGUUAGUGUGGAUUUACUGAAAGUCAUAUUGAGGCUUCUAGUCCCCGGAACUACGAAUCUCAUCAGCGCCAAUAUCCAUACCCAAUUUCUCCGGGUGCUAGCGAUCACGGCCCGUGCAAGUCCCAGUUUGUCGGCGGAACUCUUCAAGUUAAAUGUGGUGGAAACACUCUAUCAGAUUCUCACAGGCGUCUCUCCUCCUAGUGAGACGGAAGAUGUUGCCUCGAAACUUGAUAGUGUGGUUAUCAUGCAAGCUUUGAUCCAUCGGCCACGUGAGCAAAUCAUCGAGACUCUUAACGUCGUCUGCGAGUUGCUUCCAGGUCUGAUAUGGAGCGACGAUUCGGGCCCUUUGGUCCCCGUCGAUCUUGACAUUGCUGAAUCCGUUGCUCAGUCGUCUUUUGGUUCCCGCAAGAAAUCAUCCAAUGAGAAGAGACUCGAGCUGCUCGACGAGUGCAAGGAUCAAGUUCGAAGAUUUGCGUUGAUCCUCUUCCCUACGUUGACAGACGCAUUUUCAAGCACAGUAAACUUGAGUGUCCGGCAGAAAGUGCUUAAUGCACAGCUGAAGAUGCUAUCUAAUUUAGAUAGGGACAUCCUCGUCGACGCCCUUAAAGCUGUCCCUUACGCUUCGUUUUUGGCCUCCAUAUUAUCACAACAGGAUCAUCCCUCGCUUGUCAUGUCUGCCAUUCAGAUAACGGAACUUCUGCUAAAUCGGCUAGAUGACAUCUAUCGCUACCAGAUUUAUCGCGAAGGAGUCAUUAUUGAGAUUAUGAAGUUGGCUGCCGAGUACCAGGAGCCCGAGAACAAAACAACCGAGACGCCUGCAGACCACAGCAUGGCAUCUGGAGACGAGGAAGACAGGGUCUCGAUACAUAAUGGCUCUGGGGACGAAGACGAGGAGGACCGCGAAGACGAUGAAGACGAAGACGAUGAGAACGACGAUGAAGACCAAGAGAAUGAUCAUCAUGAUGACGACAUGUCCGGCUCGCCUGCUAGUUCUGAUGGGUCUACUAUGUCUAUUGAUGGGCCGCCUCGACCCUAUAUUGGUGAUAUCCCGUCUAUGAAGACCCGCAUCGCCGAGGCCGCCAAGAAAUUCUUAGAGGCUCAUGAGACGGAAAAGCACAGUAAAUCCAUGAAGAAGAAGGCCAAAAAGAUCCUAGACAACCUCGAAGCGCUGGCUUCUGGGAUCGAAGACUUCUAUCUUAGAAGGACUGCUAAAGAUCUUUCUCCCGAGAAUGGGGCCGCCCUAUUUGAAAAACUUGCCUCCUAUUUCGAUGCGGACGUCCUGGACAGUGUUACAAGCGCUGAGCUACUCUCUUCAGGGCUGGUACGCGUUCUGGAAGAAGUAUUUAGCAACCCUGACGAGAUGCUAGCAAAUGCUGCCAGAGCCGCGUUCCUCGAAGUCUUCAUGGGUCGUUAUGUGAGCUCGAGACCUAAGACCGCAACCGCAGACUCUCCUGCGACCCCUUUUAGUAUCUUGAUCCACAAACUUCAAGAUCUACUUAGUCGGUCGGAGCACUUUGAGGUUAUUACCGUCCACCAUAGUUCGUUCGAUGGCAAUCGCAGCAGCGCGGCGUCCAUGUUGGCGAAGCAGAUUAGGCUGAGGUUAGUCGCUGACGAUGAUUCUGACAUCCCUCGUUCGUUCCGUAGUAUCAAUGUCCACAUCCAUGCAAUUGCAACAUUCAAAGCUCUGGAUGAUUGGUUACGACCCCGAAUCACUUUGCACGAGCGCCCUCGCGGUUCUCGGCCUCGUGACGGAUUAUCUCGAGCACUCGCCGCGAUGGCCAGCUCGGCAGGGCUGCCGUCGGCCGAACGACUAGCUGAGCGGCUGGGAUCAAGUUAUGCUGCCCCUCCUCCUCCUCUCCCAAACCAAGCUUCCAGUUCCCGCCAACCGCGAAGAUCUAAGUCGAAGCAACCGGGUCAAUCCGAGACCCCGUCUACCCCGGGCUCGGCAGCAGGCUCCGGCCGCGAGAAGGCAAUUCUCCGCAGAUCCACCCGACGUCAAGCAGCUCAACCAAGCGAGACUCAUACACCGGCACCUCCCCCCCCGCCACCAGAGGAUGACGAAAAUUUGCAGAGUACGCUGGAAUGUGCGGACGAAAAGCCGGUCACUGACGAGGACGAAGAAGCAGAGACUGCUGCCGAUAGUAGCGCUCUCGACGCUAUAGUUGGCGAGCUGGACGAAGAUAUGGAGGAUGCCCCCGCUCGUGAUCCGUCCGCGGUGAACUUGGUAGAGGCGGCUGGGGGGAAGAUCACGGCCAGAAAAGAAGAUGGAACUCGGGUCCCUACUCCAGCUCAGACUGGCGGUGCCAAUCUACCGAAUCGUAGUGCACCACCUCAACCCCCAGCAUCGCAGCAGAGCACACCAACCCCCAGUGCUCCGUCUACUUCUCGAUCGCUUUCUUACGCAGCUGCUAUCCAGGCAAUACCCCAGGAUUGGCAUAUCGAGUUUAGUCUUAACGACCGGGUUAUUCCUAAUGAGACGACUAUCUACCGCGCUGUCCACAAUAACUCGUCCCUUCCCGACGAUCAUGUCAGCCGCAGCGUUUGGUCUACUAUGCAUGUUAUAAAAUUCCGCCGCGUGCCAGGACCUCCUCCCGCUGAGCCUAUUGGAUUCGGGCCUUCAUUCGAGACUGCUUCCGAUGUUAACGGCGUACCCGUUUCACUUGCAAACAAUCCAACAACGGCUUCCAUUCUCCGUCUGUUGAACAUUUUACAUGAUCUCAAUGCGAACAUUGACGACAUUAUGGUGGAAAACAAGAAUACCCUAAAAUUGAACGUCGAGCCAUUAUCGCAGUUUGUCAAUACAAAGUUGACUGCUAAACUUAAUAGGCAAUUGGAAGAGCCUCUCAUCGUGGCUAGCAAUUGCUUGCCAGGCUGGAGCGAAGACUUAGCCCGACUAUAUCCGUUUCUCUUCCCCUUUGAGACUCGCCACCUAUUCCUCCAGUCAACUUCGUUUGGCUAUGCUCGGUCUAUGAGCCGAUGGCAGAAUGCACAGCAGGAAGAGUCACGUCGCGAUCGACGUGAUGAUAACGUUUUCCUUGGUCGACUUCAGCGCCAAAAGGUGCGAAUUUCGCGAUCUAAGAUAUUAGAGUCGGCGUUGAAGGUGAUGGAACUUUAUGGGAGCUCGCAGAGUAUUCUUGAAGUUGAAUACUUCGAGGAGGUGGGAACUGGUCUUGGGCCUACUCUCGAAUUCUAUUCGACUGUCUCUAAAGAAUUUUCUAAGAAGAAACUCAGGCUCUGGCGUGAUAUGGAUUCGAACGACUCGGACGAGUUUAUUUCUGGUCCCACGGGAUUAUUCCCUCGGCCUCUGAGCGAUGACGACGCAAGCGCAAGCGUAAUUCUCCAGCUGUUCAAGAUGCUCGGGAAGUUUGUCGCAAGAUCCAUGAUUGAUUCGCGCAUCAUUGACCUGAACUUCAAUCCCAUCUUUUUCCGCAUUGGCGAAGGGUCUUCGAGCGUAAAGCCGUCUCUCGGUGCGGUGAGGAUAGUAGAUCCGGGACUAGCUAAUUCUCUAAAGCACAUUAAGAAGUUUGCCAUGGCGAAGAAGGCCAUUGACGAAGAUCCUAGUCGUACCCCCGCGCAGAAGGUUGCCGACACCGAGAAGAUCGUAGUCGACAAUGGAACACUUGAGGACUUAGCAUUGGACUUUACUCUGCCAGGCUAUCCGGAAAUUGAGCUCAUACCUGGCGGGUCUCAAAUCCCCGUUACUAUCUAUAACGUCGAGUCGUACCUAGACAAAGUUAUCGACAUGACUUUAGGCCGCGGUGUCAAGCGUCAAGUCGAAGCAUUCCGCACCGGCUUUUCCCAAGUGUUCCCGUACUCCGCUUUGAGCGCUUUCACACCAGAUGAGCUGGUGGCACUAUUUGGUCGCGUCGAGGAGGACUGGUCUUUAGAAACUCUUAUGGACUCUAUAAAGGCAGAUCACGGCUUCAAUAUGGACAGUAAAUCGGUUAGGAACUUGCUGCAGACGAUGAGCGAGCUGAGCCCGGCACAACGCCGUGAUUUCCUACAAUUUACUACCGGCAGUCCAAAACUUCCUAUCGGAGGUUUCAAGAGCUUGACCCCGAUGUUCACUGUGGUAUGUAAGCCGAGUGAACCGCCGUAUACAUCCGAUGACUACCUUCCAAGUGUUAUGACUUGUGUCAACUACCUCAAGUUACCCGACUAUAGCAGUAUCGAUAGCAUGAAGCGACAGCUAUUCACAGCUAUCAGGGAAGGUCAAGGUGCCUUCCAUCUGUCCUAA